CCCCUUUAAACACGUCACCGGCGGGCUGGCUGGCUGGCUGGUAUCUGGUGGUGUGGUGUGUGCGGUCGGACUGUGGUUGUGUUUCAGCUCUGACCGUGUUGAUAACGACACACUUCGGGCGCUUUUCCUCGCGUAGACAUGGGAAUUCAGAAGACAUGGCUCUAAGACAAACGGCCCUAACGCUGCUGGCCCUGCUCGGGCUGGCGGCCGUCGGUGACGCUUUAUACUGCAACUGCACAAACUGUAACAAGGGCGAGUGCAAGACAGAAGGCGCCUGCCUCGUUUCAACGUACAAGUCCGAUGGGAAAGAUGUGCUCUUGCGGCACUGCCUAGACCCCGAUAAGAUGACUCCCCCCAUCUACUGCAAGAGCGCCGAAGGGCACUUGAACGUUCACUGCUGCUUUGUAGAUUACUGCAACAGUAUUGACUUGAAAGUCCCAGACCCGACGACUGGAGAGUGGGUGACCUCGGGGAGCUCCUGGGGGCCAGUGGAGCUGGUUGCGGUCAUAGCGGGGCCCGUGUUCCUGCUCUGUGUGCUGCUGAUGGUUGGAGUGUUCCUCUUCCAGUAUCACCAGAGAGCCUACAGCCACAGACAGCGGCUGGAGGUGGAGGACCCCUCCUGCGACCACCUGUACCUGGCCAAGGACAAAACCCUGCAGGAUCUCAUCUAUGAUAUGUCCACCUCAGGAUCUGGCUCUGGGCUGCCGCUGUUUGUGCAGCGGACGGUUGCCAGGACGAUCGUGCUGCAGGAGAUAAUAGGGAAGGGCCGUUUCGGAGAGGUGUGGCGAGGAAAGUGGAGAGGCGGAGACGUUGCCGUCAAGAUCUUCUCGUCCAGAGAGGAGCGCUCCUGGUUCAGAGAGGCCGAGAUCUACCAGACAAUCAUGCUUCGGCACGAAAACAUCCUGGGAUUCAUCGCAGCAGACAAUAAAGACAACGGCACAUGGACGCAGCUGUGGCUGGUGUCGGACUAUCACGAGCACGGCUCUCUGUUUGACUACUUGAACCGCUACUCCGUCACCAUCGAGGGCAUGAUCAAGCUGGCGCUCUCGGCUGCAAGCGGCCUGGCGCACCUCCACAUGGAGAUCCUCGGCACUCAGGGUAAGCCCGGCAUUGCUCAUCGGGACCUCAAGUCUAAAAAUAUCCUGGUUAAGAAGAACGGCACUUGUGCUAUAGCUGACCUGGGCCUGGCCGUCCGCCACGAGUCCAUCACAGACACAAUCGAUAUAGCACCGAACCAGCGCGUGGGCACUAAGAGGUACAUGGCUCCAGAAGUCUUAGACGAAACCAUCAACAUGAAACAUUUUGAUUCCUUUAAGUGCGCCGACAUUUAUGCGUUGGGCCUGGUGUACUGGGAGAUCGCGCGCCGCUGCAACACCGGAGGCAUACAUGAGGAGUACCAGCUGCCCUACUAUGACCUCGUGCCCUCUGACCCGUCCAUAGAGGAGAUGAGGAAGGUGGUUUGUGAUCAGAAACUGAGGCCCAACGUUCCCAACUGGUGGCAGAGCUACGAGUCGCUGCGUGUGAUGGGGAAGAUCAUGCGGGAGUGCUGGUACGCCAACGGCGCGGCACGACUGACGGCACUGCGCAUCAAGAAGACUCUGUCUCAGCUCAGCGUGGAGGAGGACGUGAAGAUGUGAGCGGCGGCGGCCAGCGAGGCGCGCUAGAGACGCACAACCCGACCACACUCCCAUAGGAAACAAACACUAAAGACAGACUGCAAAUGGAGAAAAAACAAAAACAAAAAAAAAAAGAAACCAACAACCCUGCCAGUUUUAAAGCCACACUCCAAGUUGUGACAAGGCCUACCUCACCUUUUUAGCCAAAACUACUGAAAGUCACCCAUCCCUCUCCUUCCUCCUCCUCCUCCUAACCCAAUGGCCACACUACAACACUACCACUGUUAAUAGCAUACACUCAACCUCCUUUCAUUCACCAGGGCAGGAAUUACUGUACAGUGACUUUUUUUUUUAAAUUCCAUUUUCUUUUUACCCGUUAGGUUCAGUGAUGGAUCUUAAAAGUUUUCCAGAGGAGCUUCUUUUGUGGGUUUUAAUGUUUCAGAAGUAACACUCCGGCUGUGUUUUUUUUUUUUUGUUUUGUUUUUUUUAGCAAUAUCUCGCCGUCGUGUGAGUGAGUGUGAAGGAGAGGACAGGGGCUGAAGUACUGUUUCUAUUUAUGCGUUUGUGUGUAAAAGGUGGCUGGACGUCGAGCAUGUUUCCAAGACGGCGCCUUCUAAAAACAGGCGGUAGUUCAUUAGACAAUUUAUUCAGAAACAAAGAAAUCUGUCGUUUGAAAUGAAGCAUGAACAGCCAGAUUGUUUUCUAAUCUGCCCCACUGGAGUAUGAUGCAAAAAGAAACCACAGGGUGAAACCAGAUGUCUGCAUUCGCUGUAGGAAAACACAACUGUUUUUCUCUCCGUCAUGCUAAACUUAUUUUUACUUGCAAAACGCUAGAACAUUCAAAGUUUCUUCAAAUUUAAGAAACCCGGAUGACGAAGACGACGCUGCAUCUUCGAAAGGUGUCGACGCGUUCGGCUGUGUUUUAAGACGACACUUCAGACAAGUUGCUUCCUUAUGUGGCAUCGUUGAAAAUCCAAACGAAAUCAGCAAAGAUCUCAGGAAGAGAAACUGUGGACCUCCGCAUCUCCAUCCGUUGAAACAAUUACAGGCAAGAAAGCACAAUGGGAACAUGUCCAGUUACACUGUCCAGGUUUUGUUUCCCAGAGACGACUGUUUUGGCCCCAGCUGUGCAAAUGGACCUCAGAGCAAAGGUAAAGUUACCUUGUGAAGAUGCGUCUUUUUCCACUGGGAAAAAGACUGGCUGCUCUGAGAGGAGCAGCCUUUCUUGUUUCAAGAUCAGCUAGCUUACAGUUUGUAAUUUCUCUCAGGUACUAAGUCUCUCCUGCAGGAGGGACUGGUGCACUUCACAAAAAAAAAAAAAAGAAGUCUUCCAAAUGGACAGUGACCCUACCAUGCCUCCAAAUUAGCCACAAAGUGGCAGCAGUCAACGUUUUGGAGUGGUUAUCAUCAACCCCUGAGUCGAGUGCAUUAGUGGUCAGAGCUGAGAAGGUGUUAAACUUCAGCUUCAUCAGUUCCAAGAGAAGGAAAGAGCCAAACGUCCAGCAGACUGUUGUGGGAAGCUUGAGGAGAGAUGCGCCGAACGUUUAACCCGAGUCGAGCUCUCGGAUCAUUCUGACGUUUAGCAAUCGCCGCUGUGGUAAUCCUGAUUUUAACCAGGAUACAAACAGUUGUACGUCUUCCUACAGUUCAUGUAAAAUAUCUGGUCUAACCCGUGGUCGCACUCCGCUGUAGCUUCCCGACCGCCUGCAGGAAUCACAUUUAUGAGAUGUGGUCCAGCCCUGAAUUUUAGUUUGGAGGAAAGGAAAAAAAAAAAAAAAAGUGGCAGGGGUUAUGUUUGAUGGGAUGGUUUUACCGUUUUAUUUAUUUGUUUAUAGUUUAUAACACUGUGAGACGAGACGCGACAAACCAGAGUGUAGACGCCGAGGUUGAAGGGGGUUAUUUCAUUCAUUUGGUGUGAUGCUCAGUGUGAGUAUGAAUGUAGCCGUUAACCCUGGCGGUGGCUUCGUGCGCUCCGAGAGGCCGUGAUGAAACGGCAACAAAAAGUACAUUUUGAAUUAUGCUUUGGUGUAAAGAGGUCAUAAUGGCUUUUCUUCUUUUGACAUUAGACACUACUGAUUAUGGGUACAUGUGAUUUAUUUGUAUAUAAAACGUGCGUUUUUCUUUUCUCCUCCUCUAUAUGCCACAGCUCCAGUGUGACAUAUUGAUGCUUUUUUUUUGUUUGUUUGAUUGGACGGUACUUUGACGGAUCUCUUGUUUUUAACCUGUCUGCAUGGUUUCUAACUGUGCUAACAAACAUUAAUUGCUGGAGUUUAUGGUUGUUCCUUUCAUGGCAGUCUGGUGGUACUACUGAACCUUUUUCUCCUGGCGUAUACCCGUUUCUACCCGGGGUGACGUCUCCAUCUCCUCCUCAUUUUGACACUGGAAUACAGAAGGACUUGGUGUUGAUCUUAAAUACUGCCACUGGCUCCUUUUUUUUUUUUUUUUUUUUUUUAAACCAGGAAAACAGACAAACUCUUGGCGGAUCACGUCGAACGUGCAGGUAGACGCGGGGAACCUUGGGAGCACCGACGUGCCGCAAGCGGGGAACUGCAUGUUUUCAUUCUACUUCUGCGGACAAGACUAUGAAAGUAUUACACUGAUAUUCGUCACCUAUGGGCUCUGCACUGUUAUGUCCACAAGGGCGUUAGUUAAUGUUUGUCGAAGCCAUCACCUGAACCAUGUGUCAUGUUUCAUGUCCGUUUUGCAUGCCGUCUCAAACACUGGGCCCUCUGCACUGAGGUCGAUUUAUCCCCCCUCCCCCUUUUCUCCUACAGGUUGAUUUUCUUUUUCUUUUCUUUUUUUCUCUUUUGGGUCAUUGGCUGUGCACCCCAGAAAUGUUGCUGCUACUGUUUAACAUGGGUAGAAGUGUAGCGGAAAAAAGAGAGAGAGAGAUGGAAAGUGGGAGAAUGAUGAUGAUGUCAAGUUGAACCAAAAUUGUCAAAACACUCCUGUCCAUGUUUGGUGUGUUGCCAUGGGUAUUUGAUCAUGUUCAUAGGUGAAAACUUCAAAAUUGAGUGAUGAUAUUGUGCUGAUCUUUUCUGAUUUAGUUCAAAAUGUACAUAGACGAUAUACAAUAAAUUCCUCCUUUUUUCUUA